CUACAGGCAAAAAUGAUUCAGUCGAAACAGUCAAUUUUAAAAUUUAGUAGUACUUCGGAACAAGGUCAAAGAAACCGAGGUUUCAGAGGCACGUAACCGGUACUCGUACUGCCCCCGCCCCGCUUUGUAGUCUCAUUCGUGCUUGUUGUACUCACCGUAUGUAGGUACCGUACGUUAACAUUUACGUGUAACAGGUCGUUCAUCAUCGCAUCGGGAGUGUUUUUCUUCACGUUCAACAUGCCGUGACCUCGUGUACCAGUCGAUGGUUUGUACGGCCAUAAGGUAUCGUGCGUACCAAAGAGCUUCUACAGAAAAUGAAGAAAGACGACUGCUGGUACGGAAACCAAACCGUACGAUACCGUAGCGUUCACAACGAGUUCUCUCGGAGGAGAUACACGGUACGGUAGCAACUCGAGCAUCAACACUCUCAUCUGUCUCGUUUCGUUCGUUUGGACCAUUCGCAUCCAAGUCCAAACCAGAAGACAAUCCGGGCUUUCCACCAAAGCGAACGAAACCAAAAGCAACAGCAGAACCUUCCCACCAUGAACCCGGACCUGAAGCGGGAGCGCGCCAACGCCACCUUCGACGUGGAAAAGAUCACCAACGUCCUCGACGGCGGCCGCGCCCGGACGGAGCGCCGCCGGUACCUGGAGGCCGUCAUCGCGAGGGACCCGACGGGGGUCUUUUCCAACGAGGACAACCACUACCUGCACCGGACCCAGAGACACCAGCGGGCGGUGGCCAAGGGCGUCCGGCUCAUCGAGGUCUGCCGCAAGCUGGGGAUCGGCGACGAGUGCCACGGGCGGAUCACCGAGAGCAGGGAUUUCCAGGUGAUCCUCGAGGCGGUGGCGGACGAUAUCCCGCUGGGUGAGUGUGCCGGGGCUUGCCGGGGUGUGCCUGCCUGUCUCUCUGCGACACCAGAGGUGCAUUCGCGCAGCGCAUCCCCGCAUCUAUGGUGUAGCGCUGUCUUUUUCGGAAUUCUUUUUCUGCUUCUGUCAACAGGCUUGUUUCUCACCUUGCGUGUCCUUCCGCACCGGUCGCUCCGGACGAACUCGAAUCUAACCCGCAACCACGAUUGUACCGACAUCCAUGAUGCGUGACGAAGCACUCCACUGGGUGAUGUUCCAGCCCAACAUCGUCAGCCUGUGCGACGAGGAACAGCAGUCCCGUUGGCUCCCCCUGUGCCGCGACUGGAAGAUGAUCGGCUGCUACGCGCAAACGGAGCUGGGGCACGGAUCGAACAUCCGGGCCCUGGAAACCACCGCCACCUUUUUGCCGGAAUCGAAGGGGGGCCAGAAGGGAGGCUCCUGGGUGAUCAACAGCCCCACCCUGACCAGCGGGAAGUUCUGGCCCGGGACGCUGGGCCGGACCGCGAACGUGAGUGGAAAACCGCACGGAUUGCAGUUUCGUUCGUUGUUUGCUGGCUGGCUGCUUCAGAAGCACAACAAACUCGUUGCCUCGAUGCAUCUGACUCACCGGUUCUCAAAUGUUGGGAUGGGAACUUUGUUCGGUGCCUUGGCAUAUAUUUGUUUUCUUUCGUUUCUUCCUUCCCUCCGCUCGGCCGUGGGACAAACAACAGCAUGCCAUGGUGAUUGCGCAGCUGAUCGAUGGCGACGGGAAACACCGCGGGAUCCAUAAUUUCUUGGUGCAGCUUCGAUCCAUGGAGGACCACACGCUGAUGCCAGGGGUCAAAACGGGCGACAUUGGUCCCAAGAUCGGAUACAACAACAUGGACAACKGGUUUGCCUAUUUCAAAAACGUUGUCAUCCCCCGCCGAAACAUGGCCAUGCGAUUCGCGAGCGUCGACGAGAACGGCAAGUACCGGAAAAAAACCAUGUCCGACGCCGCGUCCAAGAUCUCGUACAUCACGAUGAUGCAGGUUCGUUCCAUUAUCGUCGUGGGGGCCGCCAAGUGCCUCGGCAUGGCCUGCGUGAUCAACAUUCGCUACUCGGCGGUCCGCAAGCAAGGCUUUGCCGCGGACGGCAAGACGGAAAAUCAGGUCCUGGACUACACGCAACAACAACACCGGAUCUUCCCGCUCCUCGCAUUUUCCUACUGCACCUUUUUCUCGGGGCGAAGGCUGGCCAAGGAGCUAAAGGCCAUGGAGGACAAGCUCAUUGCCUCGAAACCGGUCCGCAAGGAAGACGUCUCGGACGUCCACGCAUCCUCCUCGGCCCUGAAAUCGUUCACCACCAUGAUCACCGCCGACGGAAUCGAGGAGUGCCGAAAGGCGUGCGGUGGGCACGGCUUUUUGCAGUCGUCCGGUCUCCCCGAACUGUUCACGACGUAUCUGCAGAGCCCCACGGUCGAGGGAGACAACCACAUGCUCCCCCAACAGGUGGUCCGGGUGUUGCUGAAGGUGGUGCAGGCCGUGAAAACGAACAAGGGCGUCGAGAACUUCAAAAACUGCAACUCGUACGAUUUGGUGCCCUCCCUCAGGGCCAUCCUGAGCGGCAGAAAAGAGCAGUGUUCCGCCAUUAACGCAAAGGACCUGUGCGACCUGCCCAAGCUCCUGGUCGCCUUCCGCCACCGAGCCGCCCGCCUGCUGGUGGUCGUGGCGUCGCAGAUGAACAAGGACAUUGCGGAGAACGGUACCGAGCCGCAGCAGGCCUGGAACAAUGCGCUGGUGGCAAUGUCGAAGGCCUCCAAGGCGUAUUCGCUCUACUUGCUCCUGCGAAACACCAUGGAGGGAAUCCUCGACGAGCAGCGCACGGGCGUCAUUGGCCGUGCCGAAGCGGAGGUUCUCGGCGAUCUGGCGCGCCUCUUUGCGCUCUACUGGAUGGAAAAGGACCUGGGCGACUUUUUGGAGGACGGGUACAUCCGACCGAACCAGGCGAAAUGGGUGUCCCCCAACGUUCUCAAAUACCUCGCCGCGAUCCGAAAGAACGCCGUUGCCCUGGUCGACGCCCAGGACUUUUCGGAUUUCCGCCUCAAGAGUGCACUGGGCCGGUACGACGGAAACGUCUACCCCCACAUCCUCAAGGCGGCCGAGAAAGAUCCGCUGAACGCCGUCGAUCCCGGACCGGGCUACAAUCCGGAACUGAAGCGCCUCAUUGCGGGUGGCGCGGGCGUCUAUGCGGGAACCGCGUCGCGUCUGUAAAGAAGACGCCUCGAUGAGGUUGCAAAAGCAGGGAUAGAUAAACAAUAAGAGAACGUGAAAGCG